ACUCUCUACAUAACGAUAUUGACCUUCUUCAUCUUCUAUAGAAACCCUAACCUCCGAGCUAUUUUUCCAUUUGUUUCCGGCGGUCGACGGCCUUUUUUUUUCAAUGGCCUCCGCCGCCGCUAUACGACCUCUCGUCACGGUGCAGACUCUCGAGGGCGACAUGUCCACUGACGUCGCCGUCACUGUCUCCCUACCUGACGUGUUCAAGGCCCCGAUUCGCCCCGACGUCGUCCGUUUUGUCCACUCAAGCCUGUCCAAAAACAGACGCCAGCCCUACGCCGUCUCCAAGCGCGCCGGCCACCAGACCUCAGCUGAAUCCUGGGGAACUGGCCGUGCCGUCUCACGUAUCCCUCGCGUUCCCGGAGGCGGUACCCACCGCGCUGGCCAGGGUGCUUUCGGCAACAUGUGUCGUGGUGGUCGCAUGUUCGCACCCACCAAGAUCUGGCGCCGCUGGCACCGACGCGUCAACAUCAACAUGCGCCGAUACGCUGUGGUUUCGGCCCUUGCUGCCUCCGCCGUCCCGUCCCUUGUCAUGGCCCGCGGACACCGCAUCGAGACCGUUCCUGAGCUUCCCCUCGUAGUCUCUGACUCUGCUGAAGGCCUUGAGAAAACUGCCACUGCCAUCAAGGUCCUCAAGCAGAUCGGUGCCUUUCCCGAUGCCGAGAAGGCUAAGAACGGCCAGAAAAUCCGUCCCGGCAAAGGUAAAAUGCGAAACCGUCGCUAUGUCACUCGCAAGGGACCCCUGAUUGUGUACGGAACAGAUGGAUCAAAGGUCGUUAAAGCUUUCCGUAACAUUCCUGGGAUUGAUAUUGCUAAUGUCGAGUGCCUCAACCUUCUUAAACUUGCUCCGGGAGGCCACAUUGGCAGGUUCAUCAUCUGGACCAAAUCAGCCUUCGAGAAGUUGGAUUCUGUAUUUGGAAGCCUUGACAAGCAAUCUGAAAAGAAGAAGGGAUAUAUCCUACCCCGACCAAAAAUGUUCAACGCUGAUCUCGGAAGGAUCAUCAACUCGGAUGAGGUGCAGUCUGUGGUGCGUCCAAUCAAGAAGGACGUGAAGAGGCGCCAUCUGAAGAAGAACCCCCUGAAGAAUCUCUACACGUUAUUGAAGCUGAACCCUUAUGCCAAGACUGCCCGGAGGAUGGCCUUGCUUGCUGAAGAAAAGCGUGCCAAAGCCAAAAAGGAGAAUCUUGAUAAGAAAAGGAGCAAGCUGUCUAAGGAAGAGGCGGCUGCAAUCAAGGCUUCUGGACGUGCAUUUUACAAAACUAUGAUCUCAGACAGCGAUUACUCUCAGUUUGAGAACUUCUCCAAGUGGCUGGCUGUGACACAGUGAGCCCUCUAUCGCCUUAGUUGGAUCAUACUCCGAAAACGAACGAAUACUCUCAUCUGUUUCUUUAUAUCUUAGUCAAUUUGGUUAUGUUUCAUAGUCAUGUUUAGAUGCAUCAUUUGCACUCUAAGGUGGUGUUUGAUUUGAGGUACAGGAAUAGAAAUGGGAAUGCAUUUGAUAGUAGAUUGGAAUGAGAAUGAGUUUCGCCAUUUUAAUGUUACUUUGAUAGUAGAUUUGAAUGGGAAUGAGUUUAGCCA